AUGUCUCCAUCCAAUACGACCAAAAGGAGAGGCCGAGACACGGUCUCAAUUUGCUGUGAAUUGAAAUACAGCAUCUUCCAUUUCUUUCUCUCAUCCUCGUAUCUCGCUUUAUGCCUCUUUGUCUCCAUCCAUCCAUACUCCUUCUCUGUUCGUAUCUUUCUCUCCAUCCCUCCCUUAUACCUUGACUCUCUUCCUGACUCUCUCUACAUCUCUCUUCCUUUCCUGGAAUAUCACACACACACACACACACUCUCUCUCUCUCCCUCUCUCUCUCUCUCUCUUCCUCAUCUCUCCCUUCUUCCCGCCUUGAUUCACCUUCCUCCUCUCCUUCUUAUAAUAAUAGCUGAGACCAAAAACAAAAAGAUUGGUGAUGGACAGCAAAAGAGAUCGAAGAAAAGCCUGAUGCGUCCGAAUUCUCUUUUCCGUUCGCUAUUCAUUGCUAAUUCGCUUCCGUCUUUUCUUGCUCACUUCCCCACAUUCAUUCAUUCAUUCUUUCUUUCUUCUUCGUCUCCCUAUCUUUUUCUCCGUUUUCUCCUCCAUUCCCCCCCUCUCUCUCUCUCUCUUUCUCUCUCUCUCUCUUUUCCUGGGUAUUUUUUUCUUUUUCUUCUUCUCCUUCUUGACCCUCCAUUUUCCGCUCUGCAUCAUAUUAUCCCCUUUCAGGAAUGCGCGCGUGCCACUAACUUCAUUCCCAUGAGGCACAGUGAUGCGCAGUGA